AUGGGCCGGACAGCUACUCCUUCUAAAAUAAAAUAUAGAACGAAAAAAGAUGACUACGCUAGGAAAAAACAGGAAAAAAACAUCAAAAAAAUGAAAAGGAGGUUAAAAUUACGAGAGGAAGAGGAAAAAGAUCCCGAGAAAAAAAAAGCAAGAUUGAAGAAAAAUGUACCAAAAACUCUUGAUAAUACCCGAGAAGUAGAUGAAACAAUUAUUGGGGUGGACGAUGAUGAGGUUUUUGAGGAGGAAGUGUCUGAUGAAUUUUCGAAAUAUUUUCAAGAUGGAUUAUCACCAAAGAUGUUGAUAACUACUAACAAAGUGACAUCAAAGUCUAGUUAUCGGUUUGCAUCUGAACUAGUUGACGUAUUUCCGAACAGUCAAUAUGUCAGAAGGAAUAAAAAAUUCACAAUCGGACAAAUCAUAGAAUUUUGUAAAAAUAGAGAAUUCACUGAUUUGUUAUUUAUCAAUGAAGAUAAGAAAUCACCAUAUUCAAUGACUUUAAUACAUUUACCAAAUGGGCCAACUGCUUAUUUCAGGCUAACGAAUGUGAAAUUAAGUCAUGAAAUUUAUGGACAUGGAAGAUCUUCAAAUCAUAAACCAGAAUUAAUAUUGAAUAAUUUUAAUACAAGACUUGGUCAUACUAUCGGUAGAUGGUUUCAAGCUUUAUUUCCUCAUGUACCACAAUUUCAAGGAAGACAAGUUGCUACAUUUCACAAUCAAAGGGAUUUUAUAUUUUUUAGACGUCACAGGUAG